AUGCAAACAAAACAGCCGGGAACGCAUAUCAAGCUGACGAACGUGUCCAUCGUACGGAUCAAGAAGGGCGGGAAGCGCUUUGAGAUCGCAUGCUACAAGAACAAGGUCAACGAGUUCCGUUCCGGGGUGGAGAAGGAUCUCUCUGAAGUCCUGCAAAUCGAGCAGAUCUUCACCAAUGUCCCCAAGGGCCAAGUAGCCAAGAAGGACGACUGGACCAAAGCCUUCAAGAACGAGGACAUGGACGCGGUCAUUGAGGAGAUUCUGCGCAAGGGCGAGUUGCAGGUCAACAACCUGGAGCGGGGGGCUCAACUCGCGUCGCUGUCCCGUGAGAUCGCGACCAUGGUCACGGAGAUGACGGUCGACCCUACCACUGGGCGAAAGCAUACCGUGGGCAUGGUGGAGAAGGCCAUGGCCGAGUUGGGGUAUAGCGUGCGUGGGGAUAAGACGGCGAAGGCGCAGGCGCUCGACCUUAUUCGCCAGCUUGGGGCCGACUCAAUUCUGCCCGUGCAGAGGGUACGCAUGCGCGUGCGGAUUACCAUGCCUGCAAAAGAUGGGAAACGCGUCAAGGACAAGGUCGUUGCACUUAUUGAUGAGGUCGAAGAGGAAGAUAUCGGCGCCGAGUGGGAGGCUAUUGUGCGCGUGGAUCCCGGAGCUUUCCGCGCUAUCAACGAGCUCGUCUCUAAUGAGAGUAAGGGCAAGGGACGGGUGGAGAGCAUGGGAUCGGUUAGCACGUAG